AUGCCGAUACAAGCAUACAAAUCUGUGGACAAUUAUACGAUGUGUACAGUGUUCCAGAUGACACCUCCAAUGUCUCCGAACGACGUUGCAAUUGUAAUAUUCGACCAGAUUCUUAAUAAGACUGAUACUGUGGUUGACAUAUGGUGUAGACCGCAUUUGGUACUUUAUAUGUUACACGCGCAAUAUGUCGCUGGAAAUGUAAUUAAGUAUCUAAAAAACAAUUUCAAGAUCUUGAGAACAGUUCCAAAAAUGAAUUAUGUCGCUAUUCCAAGUGCCGCUAUAUGGCGCAUGUUGGAUGGUGUACUUCCCUGUAAUACGUUGUUCAUGGGUUUAAACGCGUACUUCAACAUUCGAUUUACUUAUCCUAAUUCGCCAACUCCCGAUGAUCUACGUAUAUGGAGUUUUAUACAGACUGGGAUAGACCAUAAAUUAACAAAUAAACUGUAUAAUUUAAACAUAAAACAGAUAAUGGAUAUUUGGACUAUGCAAACGCAUUGUCCUGUGGUAAACGUGAUACGAGAUUAUUCUAAUAAUCUUGUGAAAAUAUCGAAAGAGAUUCACGACAAAUUGGAUCGGAAACCAUAUUUUAUACCUGUGAGCUACACUAAAGAAACGAACAUUGAUUUUGUCAAUACAUCGGAAAAUUUUAAUUGUUUAACGCAGUCGAAUCCGGAGGUGGAAAUCUACUAUGAUAAUAAAGAUAAAUGGUUCAUUGCCAACAUAUUGCAAACUGGAUAUUAUCGCGUCAAUUAUGACACUGAAAACUGGCGAAUGAUUGCGCGUUAUUUAAAUUCUGAUGAAUACAGGAAUAUACACGUUAUCAAUCGAGCGCAAAUCAUCGAUGAUGCGUUCCAUCUUACGAUAGAGAAGAAACUUGAUUUCUCCAUAUUCUGGGAACUCGCGAGCUACUUACCGCGGGAGAGGAAUUAUGUAGCAUGGUAUCCUAUGAUUAAAGUUUUUGAACGCAUAUCUAGUGUUUUUGCAUUUUCAAUUCAUCAUGAACAUCCCAAGAAAAUAAAAAUGUUAAUGGGAAGCUUGUUUAAAGAUAUAGACGAGGAUAUGUACGAUCAAAUGGGACCCGCCAACGAAGACCUUAAUAAAUAUUUAAAACAAGAACUCACGAAAUGGGGAUGUCUUAUCAAUAAUUCUUGGUGCUUGAAGAUGGCCAAAAAACAAUUUGAAUGGCAUCGAUCAGAUCCUGAAACUAGAAAAAAUGGUUCAGUGUAUGGAUCUUGA